AUGGCUGAACUUCUCGUACUUGGCGACAUACAGAAAAUCAUGGCAGUGACUCUUCACAAACAGGCAUCCGUCGCACCGGCCCACAAAGCCAUCGAUGGACUUGACGGCCGCAGUGCUCAGGCAGCAACGCGUCACCCCAUCUGUCGCACUCUUGUUGGCUGUCGCACUCGGUCGGGCAGCGUCAUCCUCGUUCAGCGUCGCACUCGCUUUGCGCCGGGAGGUGCUCGGGCGGAGCGACAUGUCCGAAGGCCAUCAUCAAGGGUAGCCCUUCUUGUUGGUUCGCAGUCGCAACAGCAGCUGGUACCAGGAGGAGAGAACAGAAGACAGCACGAUGGGAUGACACGACAGAGAUCGGGAGAGGAGAGAUCGAGAGAGGAGAGAGCAGCGAAAGUUGAGUCGAGGGAGGGACAAAAGAGAGCGCAGCCCAUGUCGCAGUGGCUUGCAUAUACGAGUGGCGAUACCAUCAUUCGCUGUCGCAGUCCCACGCUGAGAGGCUUCGACGUCAUCAUCCUUUCCGUAUUGGGUGUCGCACUAUUCGUCGCACUCCGCAAUGCGACAAGCUGA